AGAUGGGUUCCAGCAGGUUGGAGCAGGAACUGCAGUGGAUGGAGCUGGUCUGGGAGGAGGCUCCAGCAGACAAGACAGAGGGACCUCUUACCUCUCAGGUCUGGAGUACUCUGUUCCAGGCAGUGUGGUGGGGUGCUCCCAGCCUGGUGAUGCAGCUGCUGAGGCAAGGUGCCAGUGUGGAGGAGAGGGAUCACACAGGUCGGACUCCGCUCCAUCUGGCUGUGAUGCGAGGCCACGCACCUCUUGUACGCCUACUGUUGCAGCGUGGGUCCCUGGCAGGCGCAGUUGACCACAUAGGGCGCACACCGCUGCAUGAGGCUGCCUGGCACGGGCACUCGAAAGUGGCGGAACUAUUGCUGCGGCGUGGGGCCUCAGCAGUGGCAUGCUCUCAAACGGGCCUCACGCCCCUGCACUGGGCAGCUGCGCUGGGCCGCACACUACUGGUUACAUGCCUUAUGGCUGCACCAGGUUCAGGUUCUGCUGUGAAAGACUUAAGAGGUUGGACAGCCACACACUGGGCAGCGGCGUGCGGGCAACUGCCGGUACUAGAGCUGCUGACUGUUGGAGGCAGCGUAGACCUGGACAGCGCCCUGCUGGUGUCAGCGGUAGCUGGAAGUGCAUCAGCCUUGCAGCUUCUCCUGGCACUGGGAGCAAAGGUGGAUGCCCUGGACAGCACAGGAACCACUGCACUUGGCCUGGCGGCUGGCCUAGGCCAUCACCAAGACGUUGAGAUGCUGCUGGACCAUGGGGCAGACCCAAAUAUCAGGGACAGGAACAACCUCUCUGCACUCCACAGGGCUGCCACCGGUGGAUACCUGCCUGUUAUACAGCUGCUGGUGGCCAAGGGCAUUGAGGUAGAUUCUCGAGACUCACUGGGCCUCACACCCCUGCACUAUGCUGCUCGGGGAGGCCAUGUAGAAGCUGUCAGUUAUCUCCUGGACAGGGGUGCACAGGUCAAUGCUGCUGGCUGGCUUCACAAGACCCCUCUGCACCUUGCUGUAGAGUGUGGCCGCAGUACCACCAUAGAGCUUUUGCUGAGCCAAGGAGCCAACUCUACCUUGAGGACACAGUGGGGUGAAAUGGCCCAGACCUUAUAGGAUGUCUUCCCCAGGCACUGCCCGAUUUCCUUAACUAACCAAACUUCUUAGAAACUGCAGAAAGAAAAGAAAAGUAGAGUUGUACUUGUAACAAAAUUAAGAGUUUAGAGUUAUGGAGGAUAUCUUUUUGUUAAGAUUUGUUCACAGGGCCAGGCGGUGGUGGAGCACACUUUUAAUCCAAGCACUCAGGAGGAAGAGGUAGGUGGAUCUCUGUGAGUUCAAGGCCAGCCUGGUUUACAGAUCAAGUUCUAAGAUGGCCAGGGCUGUUGCACAGACAAACCCUGUCUCAAACAAAAUGAAACAAAAUCACAACAACAACAAAAAGAUUUGUUCACCAAGACUGCUACCCAUUAGGUUAUAUUCACAUAUCAAAAGGACUGUAAUUCUGCCAGGCAGGUAAGACAUUCCUGGUUAACAACUACAUAAAAUAGAACAACACUGGCUUAUUUCAAAAUAACUGUUACAACAGUUUUGCUAUGUAAAUCUCCCAUUUGUUCAAAAUGGCCACACUUGCAGUUUCUGGUUCUGUUAAACAAGUUUAAAGCUCAAAGUAUAUCUUAAUGCUAGAACCUAAAUAAAAUUUACAGAUGACAGUGUAUGUGAAAUGUUAUAGCUCAAAAUCUACAUAAGCUGCAAAGAAUUUCUUCUCUUCAAGGGUGGUUUCU